UCCACCUAAAUAAAUAUGUUGGGAGGGAUAAAAUUACAGUGAAUCUAAACGUAACUAAAGAAUUAGUAUCAUGUCUUAUAAUUUCCCUCCAAAUUUGAAUUGCGGUAAAAAAGAAGAAGAAAAAAAGAAAGAGCCGCAUGAACUUCAGUAAAGUGCAGAACAUUUGUUACAGGCCCAACAAAUGAAGAAGCCCAAAACUUCAAAGUUGGGUUUGGCGAACGCUUCUACUGUUCGGUGAAAUCGUCUGGACGAGCAGAGGAAAAACACAGGACUGGAGAAAGAGGAACACUACAAAUUACACUAGCCAGCCGAGGUGAUUUGAAGUGAACUGAAGAGGAAUGAGGGAUUCAGAUUGAGGGGUUUAAUCACGGAACUCCUUCUAUGGUACGUAUAUUAUUCUGGGUUUCUAGAUUUGAACUCAAUUCAGCUCCAAACCCACUAAAUCAUGCUUCUAUUUUCCUUCGACUGGAAUUCUUGUCACCUCUGCAAAUGAGGGUCAUCAAUAGAUUUAAGCUUUCUGCUGCAGAUUCCACCUUAGAUUCUGGAAUUUUGAUGUGUAAUUACAAAUAUUAGCCACUGUUUGCCAAUGACAUCCAUACCGUCGAAAAACGUAUGGAUUCGACGGCAGCAAUGCCCUUGCGGGGAUUGGAAAUGCUAUAUCUCAUACGAAGGAGAGGGCGAGGAAACUUCUGUUGCAGCCCAGUUAGUGACGUCCGAAAGGGUGUGUUCUGAAGCCAUGGUCGCCCCUUAUGUGGGGAUGGUGUUUAAGAGCGACAAUGAUGCGUUUGAGUAUUAUGGGAAUUUCGCUAGAAAGAAUGGGUUUUCCAUUAGGAAAGAGCGAUCGAGACUAAGCCCACAAUUGGGCGUUUAUAAACGAGACUUUGUUUGCUACCGUUCUGGAUUUGCACCUGCUAAGAAAAAACCCAUUGGGGAGCAUCAUAGAGAUAGAAAAUCGGUGCGGUGUGGAUGUGAUGCUAAGAUGUAUUUGUCAAAGGAAGUCAGCGAAGGAGUUGCACAGUGGUUUGUAGUGCAAUUCAGCAAUGUACAUAACCAUGAACUUCUGGAAGACGACCAAGUUCGCCUCCUUCCUGCGUAUCGCAAAAUUCACGAGGCCGACCAAGAGCGCAUACUUCUGCUUUCCAAAGCUGGGUUCCCCAUUCAUCGUAUAGUGAAGGUAUUGGAAUUGGAAAAGGGGAUUCAUGGAGGUCAAUUGCCUUUUUUGGAGAGAGAUGUCAGAAACUUUGUUCAGAAUCGUAAGAAGAUCGUUCAAGAACACGAUGCAUUACUAAAUGAAAAACGAGAGAUUGAUACAAUGGAGCUUCUGGAGGCUUGCAAAGCCACUAAGGAAUCGGAUGAAGAGUUUGUUUAUGACUUUACGGUUGAUGCAAACGAUAAGGUUGAACAUGUUGCUUGGUCAUAUGGUGACUCUGUUAAUACCUAUGACAUGUUUGGGGAUGUAGUCUAUUUUGACACUACUUAUUCUUCAAUCACAUAUGGGUUACUAUUGGGAAUGUGGCUUGGCAUUGAUAACCAUGGUAGAACUAUUUUCUUUGGUUGUGUUUUGUUGCAAGAUGAAACGCCUCGUUCAUUUGCCUGGGCUUUGCAGACCUUUAUUCGAUUCAUGAGAGGAAGAUUCCCACAGACGAUUUUGACUGAUCUUGAUCCAGGGCUUAGGGAUGCAAUAAGAAGUGAAUUACCUGGCACUAAGCACAUAGUUUCUAGAUGGAAUAUUUUGUCAAAGGUAUCUAGUUGGUUCUCUCUUCAUCUUGGAUCUCGUUAUGCAGAGUUCAAAUCCGAAUUUGAUAUGCUGUAUUCUGUGGAGAAUACAGAGGAUUUUGAAAUUCGAUGGGAUCAAAUGGUAUCGAUGUUUGGCCUUGUUUCGGACAAGCACAUUGAUUUGUUAUUCACUUUUCGGGAAUAUUGGGUACCGUCCUUCAUAAGAGGCUGUCUUUUAGCUCGAAUGGCAACAUCAGCCUAUUUCAAGUCUAUCGGGACAUUCUUGAAAGGAGUUUUUAAUGCACAGACAUGUUUGCGUAGCUUUUUCGAGCAGGUUGGUAUCUCAGCCAACUUCCAAAGCCACGAACAUCAGGGGAUGCAGUAUUUGCAAGUUAAGACAAAUAUACCUAUCGAAGAACACGCACGAAGCAUCCUCACUCCUUUUGCCUUCAAUACUUUGCAGCAUGAAUUAGUGUUGGCAAUGCAGUAUGCUGCAUCUGAAAUGUCCGACGGAUCGUAUCUUGUACGCCACUUCAAGAAGAUGGAUGGAGAGCGUCUGGUGAUGUGGAUUGCAGACGGUGAACAGAUUCACUGCUCUUGUAAGGAAUUUGAAUCCUCGGGCUUGCUAUGCAGACAUGCUUUACGCAUAUUCAUUAUCAAGAAUUACUUUCAGCUUCCUGAUAAAUAUUAUUUAGGUAGAUGGAGGCAGGAAAGCUCUCUAGGCUUAAGUGAUGGUCAUGGUAUCCAGAGUAACAACGGAGAUUGGUUUCAUGAAUAUCAGCGCCUUACUGAGGCUCUUUUUGCAGAAUCUUCCAUCACCAAGGAACGUUGCGAGCAUGUUCGUAGCGAACUAAUGAAAGAGAUCACGAGGAUUCUCAACGAGAUUAGGAGAAUGCCUGAGAAUGAUGGGACUGCAGCUAUGGAUUUGACAGAUUCUCCAAAUGGUUAAUGCUUCUAUAAAGGGAUUGCUACAAAUUCAAUACUCUCCCCAACUGAUUGUCUUAUCUGACUUCCAUCCUCAGUCAGUUGUCUGAAUCAAUCCCUCAUAUCGAGAUAUGCAUUCAGAUUUGCAGAAGUAAGACGGUGAUGGAUGAACGAUGUUGUAUUCUCUUCUGCAUUCUAAGAGUUGGGGUAGUAAAAGAAGAGAACUACAUGCUUGGAGUUGAGUCAAGAAUAUUUACGAGAUGCAAAAUCAUCCUUUGACUUUGAGGUCACGAGCAUCUGAACAAUCAAGUUCUGUAUGAUCAUUUCUCCUAAUGACUUAAAUAGACCUACACUGACCCACCUCUACAGCUUUAUAGAACUUGUACUGAAUGUUUUGUUCAUAGUUAGAUGAAUGGGGCAGCAUUCUUUCUUGAAUUCUGUAUGCAUAAAGCGAGUGUUAGAGUGUUCUAAGCUUUUUAGUGAUUAUUUUGGGAAAAUUUUGCUUUUAAUUGUCAAAGGAGACACCAAAUAGUCAUUCAGUGGUUGAACCAGGGCUUGGAAUCUUCCCUUUUUUCAAUUACAAUAAUGGGAUUUCUUCCACCUGUUCCCUGGAAUCCCGCCCUGUAUUCCUUA